AUGCGACUUUUUCCUGGUAUUAUUUUCUUUUUGAUAGCAGAGAGUACAGCUAGGCGGCCGAACGUAAUCAUUCUCAACUGCGACGACUUCGGAAUCGGCGACUUUCAAAUCUACAACAGAGAAGCAAAAGUCCCCACGCCGAAUAUCGACCGACUCGGAAAGGAAGGAGUGAAAUUUCUCGAUGCUCACAGUGGCUCGAGUCGUUGUGCACCGAGCAGAUACAUGCUAAUGACAGGGCGGUAUUCGAUGGAAGACAAGCCGAAUCGAGUUAUUUGGCCGGAUGAGCCGCAGCUUGGAGAUAUGUUCAAAAAAGCAGGCUACAAAACGGGCAUGUUUGGAAAGUUCCAGCCUUUGAGCAAUAAUCUCGUUAAUCUCAAUGAAACUCAAGAAGAAAGGAACAACCGUAAACGACUCGACAACGAGUUCAAAGAAGAAAUGAACAAGCUAGGAAAAAGCUUCCCAACUUUGCGAACGUCAAACUAUCUUCCUGGCAAUUACGAGUUUCUCGUCGGCCCUCAAAAUCACAGUUACGACUAUUCCUUUACCAACAGCUUUCUUUGCUGCCAACCUGGGGGUUUCUACGAGAAUGGAGUGGGAAUCGAGCCGGUUGACACGUGGAUCAAGCAACAGGCAUAUCCAGAAGCCACUCCGAGCGAUGUAAAGUCGUAUAAUCCUAAGACGGGUGGAUGUAGCACUUUUCCCGUGACAGGGUACAUGGGAGGCGACACAAGACAAUCAAAGAGAUUUGAUGAAAACAAACAAGAUCUACCGAUUUAUUUUUGUAACUUUCCGCGCCAGCAAGUCGCGAUGAAAUCGUAUGACACGCGUCACAACGAGGAGAUGACCAUCCCCAAGCUUGAACGCUUCAUCGAUGAUAACAAGAAUGAAGAGUUUUUCGUCUACUACGGGAUGCGAAACGGGCAUGGGCCGUUCAACACGCCUUUGCGCUUUCGAAAUCAGUCGGGAAUCGGCAAUUUGGGGGAGUCGAUCAUGGAGGCGGAUGAAAUUGUCGGAAAGAUCCUCAAGAAACUGGAAGAAAAUGACAUUGCUGAUGAUACUUUGGUCAUUUUUAUGAGCGAUAACGGACCAGCAACAUCUGCAGAGGACAUAUUUGAAACUUUUGGUCACAAUCAACGGCGACUGGACUUGCCAGAAAGGUCCAUUCAAUUGAAGGGCGCUAAGAAUAGUCAAAGCGAAGCAGGUCACAGAACUCCAUUUUUAUGGCGUUAUCCGCGUCGUUUUACGCCUAGGACUCUUUUCGAUCCGAAAAUUCCAGUUUCUACUGUUGAUAUUUACGCUUCACUUGCAGAACUUAUUGAGUAUAGCCUAGACUGUAACGAAGCUCCUGAUAGUAGAAGCCUUGUCCACUACAUAGAAACUGGCGAAGCAAAUUUGCAGUUGCAAAAGACUCCGAUUCUGACGCAUGCGAACUUGCGGGGCUUGAACGCUUCACUCCGGAAAGAAAACUUUAAAUAUGUGCCUGGCUCGAAGGAAUUGUACAAUCUCAAAUACGAUCCUGAGGAGAAAAAUAAUUUACAUGAUCGGCCACAAAUUCAAGACUUCUUAUCUUAUCUGGAUUCAUACAUGAGCGACUAUCUCCAUCACAUCGAAGAACGUGAAAAAGCUAAUCCCGGAUCAAGGAUUAUGCGUGUUACGACCUUCUUGCUUUCCUACAGUUCGGUUUCUGCCAAGCCAAAGGGAAAAGGACCUGCCUGUCCUCCAGGGUUAGUCUGCUACGGAGGAGAGCAGUAUAAACCGGAAGAAUGUGGAGUAGAUGGCGACAACAACGGCUGGUGCAAGGGUGCUUCCGUUCCACCUGAACUUUUCAUGCAGCCAGAGCCGCCAAAAAAGAAGCCUCCUCCAAAAGCAGCGGCUCAGAAAAAGUCAAAAAAGAAGAAAUCAUCAGGGGGCUCGGGCAAAAUCGUGGCAAAAGUGCAAGCAGGAGCAAAGCCGAAGACCUCGAAAUUGAACAUCGUCAGGCCAACAAAAGCGCCAGAAACGUCACCUGAGCCAGAGCCGGAACCUGCGAAAUCGAGCGGAACGUGGCUUUAUAUUUUCAUACUGGCUUUGACGGGACCCCUCGCUUAUCUCGGCUGGAAAAAGUACAAGGAAGAACAGCACGAUAAAAUGCUCGAAGCCGGCGAGAAAAAAGAAGCAGCUAGGGAAGAAAAAGAAAAACAAGCCCAGGAGAAGUCCUGA